AUGACUAAGAUUAUCUUCGUAACAGGGACGGGAACAGAUGUGGGAAAAACGUUUAUUUCAGCUUUACUGGUUCACAGAUUAAAAGCUGAUUACUGGAAGCCGGUUCAGACUGGGCUCGAAUGUGAUACAGGCGACACAAGGACGGUUUCCAUGUUUCCCACCGAAUUAACAGGUUGGAAACCAAAGCUAUUUCCACCAAGAUUCCAGUUCAAGAAACCACUUUCACCUUACAAUGCCAUGGAAUUCGAGUCUGAUAUUGACAUUGAAUUAGAAGACUUUUGUAUUCCAAGUGCCGAUGACCUCCAAAACGAUGUUUUGGUUGUCGAAGGUGCGGGCGGGCUAUUUGUGCCCAUAACCAAAAAGCUCGAGAUCACAACAGACCUGAUUCGCAGUUUGAUCGAAAGGUACCCUCAGCAUGAAAUAUCCAUAGUUGUAGUUGCGGACAGCGGUCUUGGUACCCUGAAUCAUACCAUGCUCACGGUAGAGCAUUUGAAGCAUCAUGGACUGGACAAGAAUUUCUCGGGCUGCAUCCUCAAUGGUACGAUAAACGCCAUUAACGCGAAAACACUAAGGUCGUUUGGGGUUAAUAUACUAGGUGAGAUAGAGCGCUGCGAAACAACACAGGACUUGGGCACAGCUCUCAAGAAAAUGCCUGGUUUGGAUAGUCUAUAUGUUGAUAGCAAGUAA